AUGGUUUUUGGGACGCUGGCGAUGCCUUCACUUAUUACCGCAUUCGGAAGUAGGAAGCGGCCGGCCAUCUUCCAGAUAGUGCAGGCCACUAUUUCCAGGCCAUUAUUUGAGAGCAAUGUAUAUACGGAGCUACUUCGUCAUUAUUAUCACCAGGGCGGGCCCUGGAUCGUAUAUCCUUCAUCACCGUCGCCGUCAUCCAUCGACUGGCCGCUGCUUGUUCAUGCGUUGCAUGCGAAGGAGGAAGAAGAAAAGAAGACGACGGACAGCACAUCCUAA